AUGGAGAAGGCUUUCGACAAACUCAAGAAAGAGGGGAAAAACGAUGUCGAACAUUUGGUUCAGUGGAUGAAAGAAUCAAAAAUAAUCGACGAAGCAAAAGCCACUGAAGAUAAAGCUAGAACUCUAUUGAAAGAGGUGGCCAAUAAACGAAGCGUUGAAUUCGCACACUUCAAGGCAACUUUGGGAAAACUCGCGGCCGAACAGAACGCUAAAUUGGAGGACUUCACUGUAGCUUUAGCGAUCAAGAGUGAAAAAUUCGUGGGCGCUUUGUCGGCGGCGGCGUCGGCUUUCAAGGAUGCUAUGAAGAAAUAAAUUUGAAGAC